AUGGAGGGGUCCGGCAGCGUUUUGUGCUUCUUUUCCGGUGAGGGGGAAGAUGCCAAAGCCGACGACAAAGAAAAAGCCAAGCCAGAUCAGGUUCUACCAAAUUCCGGCAGCGCCCAGGGGACCAAUGCUCCUGCAGCAGCACCCAAGUCCAAUAAUGUGCCCUCGCCGGCAAGUUCGCCGGUGUCCACUCCGGCGACUCCUCAUGCAUCCCCUUCAAAGUCUCCGACUUCGUCGCCACCCAUUGCCGCCACUCCAAAAAUUUCUCCGGCGAUGCCAGUUUCUCCGACUACCAGCCCGUCAUCUUCGCCAGUUCUUUCUCCGGCAAGUCCAACCCCAACUUCUUCGCCGGUUCAAUCUCCGGCAACUCCAUCGCCGACCGCCUUUUCCCCGGCAUCGACUCCGGCGUCCGGUGGGCCUGCUCCGGUUACGGCUCCGGCGAUUCCUCCACCGUCGGCUGAAACCCCAGUGAGCACUCCGGCGACAUCUCCGUCGGCAAUAACUCCCGCGAUGACUCCAGCAACGGCGGAGGUUCCGGCUACCGCUCUGACCCCAACAGCGGCGAGCGUUCCGGCGAGUUCUGCAACACCGGCAGAGGCACCAGAAAUGUUCCCAUCAAGCAGCAGCCCGCCGAGUCCCUUGCCAGCGAGUUCAUCGCCGGAGACUGCCCAGGGUCCUGUCGGCGAUUUAUCGGGUUCUAACCGCAACUAUGAGGCUCGGAUCAUUUUCAGUGGUUUGGCUCUUUGGGCUGCUUUGGCUAUCUAA